UUUCCCGUUAUGACGCAAUAAAGUAUCUAAACACAUGUUUUGCGUUUCUACUCGUCAUAAUGUUACCCAAACAGCUGAUUACGGAUAGCAUCUUACCUGGUAACGGCGACAGGCGAAGCAACUUGGUCGAGAGACAAAUUAUAUUGCAAAAUGGUCGGAGGAGUGUCUAUGAAUACUGCUAGUAUUGAACACCACUUGAGAGAAAUAGGAUUCAAGUUCAACGAUUGGUAUUCUUUUCUGGAUCUUGAUAAUUUUGAUUCGGACCAUCUUGUCGAAAAUCUAACUACUGAAGGAAAUGACGAUCGACCAUUUCUUUGGAGUAAUGGUGAAUUUAUUGAAAAGUGCAACAACGGUGAAAUUUGCAUCAUAGCAUUGAGACAAGCUGAAUCAUUGUUUAACUUGAGUCAGUUGAUGUUUGCUCUUUAUCACGGAUCGCUACAAGCUUGUACCUUCUUGGAUUUGCAGAAAAGCAGACCUCCUCGCGAUAUUCGACAGCGUGGAUUCAUUAAACUUGAAAAUUGCAAUACAAAAUCUGGAACAACUUUUCGCCGUGUAUUGCAUGGGCUAUGUUGGGAAAUUGUAGAGCAAGGUGGCCUUCCUGUUAUAUUUUCUAUGAUCCAGAAUCCUGUUCUUCCGAUCAUCCAGCAGAAAUGUCUUGAUGCGUUGACGAAUAUUCUAUGUGUUGAUCAUAUUGAGUGGCUUGUUCUGAGUCGACAAUCUUGGUUCUUGGACAAGUUAGUGAAGAUGGUUAAUGAAGGUGAUCUACAGUGUGAUAUGGUUCCGGCUAUCAGUGUUAUUGACAGACUCGUGGUUGUCAUAUUAGCAGAGAACAUGAACGCUGCAUACAAACAACUCAUGGAUUCUAACUUUAUAUCAAUCUGUAUCGAUCAACUGCAAAGUCCGAAAGGAAAAAAUGAAAUGUCGAAAUUGCACUUCAUCAAGUUCCAAACAAUCGCGAUGCAGGCGCUCGCUUUGCUCUGUCAAGAUGAUCGAAGUGCAAAAUGGGAGAAAGUUCUUCAGGAAAGGGUAUUUUCCCACGCAUACCAGUGUGCUUUGGUUUGGAAUACAGAACAGCCACCUAGUGAUCCAACGUGGGAUAAAUCUGAGAGUUUUUAUAGGAAUAUGAGUUUUAGUUCAAGUGCAUUGCUGUUCAGUCUGAUUAUUCUCAUACAUGCCGUCCUAAAAUGGCCUGGAAAAAGAAAACAUCUGCAAAAGAAAGGUCUGAUGUUUCAAUAUCAAUUAUCCAAGAUGAUGACACUUUCUCUCAGCGAAACAAGCAACUCCAAAGACUCGAAUGUGCCUAUUAUAAAGAACGCCGUUGAAUGGCUACUGAAAUCACUGACCGGGGUCAAUGAUAAAGAUGAGAAUUGCAGCAGAGUUGAAACUUCACUCAGCACCGCAGGAUUGUUCUCAUCUAUUCUUAAUCCAAUAUCUGAGUUAUGCGAGAAAGUAUUCAGAGAAUGUUCAUAUAAAGAGUGUGGAAAGCGGGAAUCUCAAACAGGUCAGUGGAACACCUGUCCUCACUGCAAUGUCGUUUGCUACUGUUCCAGUAUUUGUGUAGAAGCGGACAGGAAAAUGAACCACACAACAACAAAAUGCUCUUAUUUAUCAAUGAAGCAAGUUGACUGAUGAGGAGUCCCCCAGACGACCAAAGCCGUCGUGUUUCAGAUGAGCUGCACUUACUUUAAAAUAUAUCCAAGUACUACACCAUUUUGCGUGAAACUUAUUUCACUGUGCCUUUAUAUCAUCUAUAAGCGAAACUAUAUUUUAUCAACGUAUUAUCUUCAAUUUAUUUUGCUGUUGACAUGUAAAAUCAGUAUUAUAACGAUGAAAAUAAAAACAUAAAAAUGCUCAUAUGGGCUAUUUUUACAAUGAGUCUUAAUACUCCAGAAUUGCAUUUUUCGAAGCCUUAUCUGUAGCCUAUGCCUCUCAUAAAACAAAUCCCACUUGAGCUGUUGACAUAACAUGCAUUGUUUUUCUCAUGUUGAUGGGCAUUUUUGCUUAUGUUGCAUCUGCUUGCUUCAUUGAGUUGGACACUCAGACAAUG